GUGAGUCGCAGAACUGGUGUCAGCUAAACUAUCUGACUACAUUACGUCACUUGAUACAGGAGCUGUGUCACAGCGGCACCUGCUGGUAACAGGAGAUAAGUGACAGUCAUGGGCUGCAGCGGUUACCAGGGGAGAUAUGGUGUUACCAUAGUGAUGGAAACACACAGGAGUCACGUGGGAAGCACAGGAGCCUUAUACUGAGAACUAAUAUAAAGCAGAAUGUCGUCCUUGUCACUGCAGCGCUCAUUUGAGUCAAGAAACACUACAGCGUCUGGUGGGGGGUCCAGAGCCGCACACACAGGUUCCCGUCUCUCUGCCUCACAAUCUGCACUGAGCUCAGCAAAAUCCAGAGCAGACACAGCAUCGGGCACCUCAGCUCAGGAAAAGAAGAGUCCCGCAGAGCAGAAUCCGUUCUCCCUGCCGCAAGAUGUCGAUUUCUUUCUUAUUAGAGACCAGGAAAAACAGAGAAAACAGAUGGAACGUGAAAUAAACAAAAAUUUAAAAGUUCACCAAAAACUAACGCACACAGGGAGGCUGAACUCCAGACUGGCGCAGCUGCGCAAUGAGAUUGAGGAUGAGGAGCAGACUCAAGAGAGCGCAGUUAAUGUCGUAGCUGUACAGGACAAGCCCUCCUGGAAACUGGCAGUCACCAGAGACAGACAGAUACAGAAGGAAAGUCUGCAUGAGUACAUAAAUAAGAAGAGAGAGAUGUUUCUGCUACAGUAUUCCCUCGCAGUGAAGCGUGAUGAGAUUCACAAGCUGGAGGCUCAGGCUUUGGCUGAAGAGAUGAAGCUGGAGAGAGCUGAGCAGUAUCUGGAGGAAGAUGCUGUGCAGUUUGAUAAGUUUCUGAAGCAGAAUGACCAGAACUCGGUGGACGCGCUGAAACUGGCUGAAAAUGAAACCAAGCUGAAAAUGGAAAAAGUGUCAGAAAUCAAGAAACUGACAGCACAGAUGAUGAACAUCAAAAGCGACAUCUCUAAGUGUGAGGAGAUCCUGCACGAGUAUUUGAUGUACAAAAAGUUCCUUUUUAGGCUAUCACCCAAGGAAUGGAGGGACACAAUUCAACAAAAAAGGGGUGAAAGAAUGAAAUCUGUGGUCUCAUUUCCCAAAGAGGAGAAAAGUGGCUCUGAAGUUAAAGGAUCUUUGUCACCAACCCCUGGAAAGAAGCCGGACAGCAGGAUGACGGGAUACUCCAUGCAGAGCCGUGACUCCACAAGGGAAUCCCGACGCCUCUCCAGACCUAGCAACAAAACAUUAGGAUCUAAAAAGAUGAGUACCACAACGCUCCUACCAGAGGAAAAGGACAACUCAGACACCUCACACCUCUCAGAAAGUGAAGAGGAACCUGAGUUGUACUUCACAGACCCGCAGCAGCUGCUGGGCAUAUUCGCAGAACUAGAGGAACAGAACCUCUCCUUGAUACAAAACUCACAGGAGACAGAGGAAGCCCUUGAGGAGAUCAGACAAACCAUUGCAAGCACCGAAGAAAAAAUGGAGAAAGAGACAAAAGAUCUGAAAGACAACAUUGAGCAGCUGAAGGCAAUGAUUGCCCAUGAGGAGGAGAAAGCUGCUGACCUGGAAUUUAAGUCUCGAGUCUUUGCUUUUGGGCAGCACAAGUCUGAUGACCAGGAAAAGACGCUGCUGUCUAUUACCUGCAAGGUAGAAGAAGUUUACAGAGCCUGUGUUGGUGAGAACCAGGCAAACCUUGAUGCCCUACAAAUGCUGGCUGUGAUUGAACACCAACUGGAGAAAUUGCUGGACAAAAUUGAAAUGAUCCCUCAGCAGAGGAUCGAAGUGGCUGAGAAAGCCAAAGAGAAAGAGCGAAGAUUAAAGUUGCGAGAAGAGAAAAUCAAACAGCAGAAGCUGCAUCAGGAGGAAAGACUGCGCAAAGCUCUUGAGAGAGCGCAGGCCGAUCCCAAGAAAACGACUGGCAAGAAGCUCAUGCCUCGCUCUGAACCUCCCGUCCUGAAGCACAAGGUCAACAAAGAUCAGGACAAGUUAGACCGAGAAAAAGAAGAAGCUUUAAUUUUCUUUGGUUAAACACUUCCCAACAACACAGAAUAAAGAUCCUCAGGAACCAGAUGGGAUUUGUAAACUGGAUAUUGUUCAUGCCUAACAAACUGUAAUAUAAUUAUAUAAAGUAAACAAUUUCAUGGUG